CGUCAGCGCCGCGAGGCGCGGGUGGAGCGGCCAGCCGGUUUUCUGUGUCACAGUCCGCGUAGCGGGACUGGAGGCGCUCAGCCCGGCUUCGACUUCGGCUCGGUCUCCGGCUCCAGAGGAUGCGGCGCGCCCAGGAUGCUGCCGCGCCUGGUAGUGCUGCUGGCGGCGCUCCUCGGCCUGCGCCUCCGCUCCUGCGCGCACGGGACAGAACUUCCCAGACCUCCAUCUGUGUGGUUUGAAGCAGAAUUUUUCCACCACGUCCUCCACUGGACGCCCAUCCCGAAUCAGUCUGAAAGUACCUACUAUGAAGUGGAGCUCCUGGUGUAUGGAGUGGAGCCCUGGAAGUCCAUCCCCAGCUGUAGCCAGACCCUGAUGCUGUCCUGUGAUCUCACCAUGGUGACCCUAGACCUAUAUCACAACGAUGGUUACCGAGCCAAAGUUCGGGCAGUGGAUGGAAACCAGCACUCAAACUGGACCAGCACCAGCACCCGCUUCUCCAAGGAUGAAGUGAAUCUGACAGUUGGCAGUGUGAAGCUAGAGAUGCACAACGGUGUCAUCCUUGGAAAGAUCCAGCCCCCGAGGCCCAAGAUGGCCCCUGAAGGCAACACAUAUGAAAGCAUCUUCCCACACUUCCGGGAGUACGAGAUUGCGAUCCGAAAGGUGCCAGAACACUAUAAGUUCACAAACAAGAAGGUAAAACAGGAAAACUUCAGCUUCCCAGCCCCUGGAGAGUUGGGAGAGUUCUGUGUCAAGGUGAAACCGUCUGUGGGCUCCCGAACGAAUAAGGGGAUAUGGUCUGAGGAGGAGUGCAUCGUGCUCUCCCAGCACUACUUCACCAUGACCAACCUCAGCAUCUUCUUCACCUUUGUCCUGCUGCUCUGUGGACCCCUGGCCUACCUCCUGACCCUCCAGCUGUACAUGCGGCAACGGGGGAAGCUGCCUACUGUUCUGGUCUUCAAGAAGCCUAGUCCCUUCAGCCUCAUCAACCAGCUUCCCAGCUCAGAGACCCAAGACACCAUCCAUCCCCUUGAUGAAGAGGCCUUCUCCAAGGUGUCCCCAGAGCUGAGGAACUCAGAACUGCAUGGCAGCACGGACAGUGGCUUUGGCAGUGCCAAGCCAUCCCUGCAGACUGAAGAGCCCCAGUUCCUCCUCCCUGUCCCCCACCCCCAGGCUGGGGGGACUCUGGGAAAGGGGGCACCCUUGGAGCUGGAGAGCAGCUGCAAUAGUGGCAGCAGCAACAGCACAGACAGUGGGAUCUGUUUGCAGGAGCCGAGCCUGAGUCUCGGUACAGGGCCCAACUGGGAGCAGCAGGUGGGGAGCAAUAGCCAGGGCCAGGAUGACAGUGGCAUUGGCCUAGUCCAAAACUCUGAGAUGCAGCCUGGGGAUGUACAGGGUGGCUCAGCCUUGGGCCAUGUCAGUCCCCUAGAACCUGAAGUGACUGAGGAGGAAGACCCAGCCAUGGCAGCCUUCCAGGGCUAUCUGAAACAGACUAGAGACACAGAGGAGGAGGCUGCCAAGGCAGGUUGCCUGGAAGAAGAGUCCUCCUCAACAGAUGGCCUUGGCCCCCAGUUCAGGACAUGCCUGGAUGCUGAGGAGGGCAGGCCUCCACCAGCCCUGGCCAAGGGCUAUUUGAAACAGGAUCCCCCAGAAAUGACUCUCGACCCCUCAGGGGCCCCAGCUGGACAGUGGAACCAACUAACUGAAGAAUGGUCACUCCUGAGCUUGACCAGCGGUGGUGACCUAGGAAUAUCUGACUGGAGCUUUGCCCAUGAUCUUGGCCCUCUGGACUGUGUGGCAGCGCCAGGCAGUCUGCUAGGCAGCUUUGACUCAGACCUGGUCACCCUGCCACUGAUCUCCAGUCUGCACUCGAAUGAGUGACUCAAGCUAAGCGGUGACUUUAUAUUCGGCCUGGUCUUGCUGGACUAGGAGGAGGGGCCCCAGGGGUCAGAAGUGAAACAUGAUGCCAGUCUGAGCACUUUUCUGCAAGCCCAGUGAGGCCAACCAUGGGCAGGCCCAGCAGGGCUGGCUAAGGUACCCGAGCAGGAGGAGGCCAUCUCCCUAAACUAGCAUGAGUGUGUGGGUAGCCUAUUCUGUAGACAGGGCCCUGCAGACUCUGGCAGAGCUGAGAAGGGCAGCGCAGAGACCUCCUCCCUCCUCAAGACUCUUCCUGUGUGAUAAGGAUUAUUUGCUUAGGGGAAUCGUGGGGUUUUCUGGAGUUAUGGUGAAGCUGCCAAGCUGAAGUCAGCUCAGACUCAGACUUCCCCGUUUAAGCCUCCAUCUUGUUGGAGACUGGGAGGAUGCAGGCCUCAGGGCCGCACAGCAGGGGCCAUUUCUAGUGGGGGGAAGAGGGAGCAGAGACGAAGUUUGAUCUCGGGGACGGUCAACUGACUCCUAGUCUGGGAUGGUCACAUGGAGAAGCUCCCCCAUGGCAGGCCUCCCAGGAAGGGAGUUUGUCAUGGAAGAUCUUAAAGUGUGUUCUGCCUUGGUCAGCCAGUCAAUCAACCAUCAUAACGGAGCCACAGGAGGACGAAAGGAGCUGAGACCUAGAAGGGGGCUUCUGGCUCAGAACCCAUCCCUCUGGGGAUGUUUCAUGUCCAUAUGCAGACAUCUCCCUCUUUCCAACAAAUAGAGUGGCGUCCCCCUCAGGUACUUGCAGUGGCCAAGCCACUCACGGUCUCCACCCUGCUGCCCCCACCAUUUGUUGACAGUACCAGAGAAACCACGAUUGUUUGUAUUGGUCAAAACUCAGCCUUCCAGGCGUCCUCUGGGUCUGAGCACCAGUUUGUCUGCCUCAGAGAGUCAGGGUGGGACCUACACUUGAGUUUGCUGCUGACAUUCAGCUACAGACCCACAGGACAAGACACUGGGCUGGGAGCCCUGCUCUCUCAGUGUUCGGCUGCGUGACCUUAGGCCAGCCACUUCUCAAAGGGCCUUAGUUACCCCAUCUGUGAAAUAAGGGACCCUCCAUGCUGGGUGAUAGCCAAGUUGACCUCUGGGGUGAUAUUUCCAACUGUGUUUGAUCCUGGGCUGGGAGGAAGUGGACUGCGGAACUCAUGUCUGCACAGAGCCAGCUUCUUUCACAUGCCAAGGGCUCACAGAUCAAGCAGAAACCCAUGGCAUCAUGCUAAGAGAACUGGACACUGGGUCCAGAAAGGGGCAGGCGUGGGCCUGGCUUCCCCACAGUCAGUUUGGAGUCUGAAUUCAAAGCUGGUUUACAGUCCACGGGCAAGGAACUGAGAGGAGUGACAGGCCUGGGCUAUAUACUCCCUCAGUCAUCCCGUGGCCCUGCGUUUUUCUGUGGCAUUCUGCGACUACACAUUCUGGCCCUGGGAAUCCAGCCAGAACUCUUCCACUCUGCCAAGAAGCUCUAAGUCCCAGCCUGGUAACAACUCCCUCUGGAAACUUAGGCUUGAGGGAGGAUUCCUCGGGGUUCCCUUGGAGGGUUUAUUUAUUUUGUUCUUUUAUUUAUUGAAGAGGCAGGAUAGUACAGUAAAAGAAUUCUGGUUCAGAUUCUGCUCUUUCUAGCUGUGUGACCUUGGGAAAGUCACUUGUCCUCACCUAUUUAACUAGAAAACAAUACCUGACUUGUUUCAGUCCUAGGGAGGUGAGGUCCCAUGGAGGGAGUGGAUAUGACUGCCUUGUACACAAGAUUUGUAAAUGAGUGAUGUAUUUUUUUAUUCCAAUAAAUUGUCAGGACCACAGGAAUCCUGUGAAGCCAGUCAGAUUUCUGAUGACACAGUGGUGGAGGACUCAAGUUGCUGAUAAUUGAGGAUGGUAAUGAAUAAGAUGUGUGAUGUCUCUUUAAAGACUGAGGACUCGGGUUCAAAUCAUACAGACUCAGGUACAAGUCUUCAUGCUAACAUUUAUUGUCUAUGAUCUUGGGCAAACUACUGAUCCUUGCUAAGUUCAAGUUUCCCCAUCUAUAAGCUGGAAAUAAUAAUUCCUCAUGGGGACGUCAUGCAGUUUAAAUGAGAUCACAUAAAGAAUUUCACAGUGCCCAGCACACGGUGGUCCAUGCAUAAAUAGCUGUCAUUGGCUGUAAGGGAAAUGGACAGUUUUUCUUGGAAACAGGUGAAACAUGAAAGAGAUAAUGAAAAUGUAUGUAGUGAAAGCACGUGAACUGAAUGGAACAUAAGGUAAAGAUGUACAUAAAGAGCAUGUAAUGUAAUGAAAGAUCAUGAAAAUGCAUGUAAAUGAAAGUGUAUGCAAGCAGUUCUUCCAGAAGACUUGAGAAGGAAACAGUGGAAAACUUAACACAGUGUUUUUGGUGUAAAUUCUGACAACUUGGAAAGGAGACCCUGGUAGCCCCUCCCUUCUAGGAAGACAGCAAACUAGACCUUCCUGGAGCCUUGCCACCUGCUCCCCUGGACCUGAGCUGCGUCCAUGGGUGCUUCUCAUAAGUGCGGAAGCGAUCAUUCUCUUCUGAAAGCAGCCUGCUCCUUCCACGAAAAGCCACACGUGUGUGGGUUUGAAUCUCUCCCCAAGCUCAGCGCAGCGGGUGAAGCAAACCCAAGGCUCAUGGCCUGAGUCUGGUGCACUUUGCUCUUUGUCCCAGCCUGGAUCCUUGAGGAGGUGACCGAGGACACCUUGUCUCUUCCCCUGUAUCAUCGUCAACGAUACCUCUCCCCCUUUCACUCUGAGAAAAUAACCAGUUCUGGGGAAGCGCUGAUCCUAUCACCUUCAGAGAACUUGACUAAUAUCAUACCAUUUGGGACCUGCUCAGACUUUUGCCCCGGAGGCCUCCUGUCAGAUUGGUAAGAGGUGUGAGGUUGUUCACUUUCUCCUGGAAAUGAGUGUUGGAGAUGCCUUCUGCCCCAAGGAGAAAGCCCCUGAGGCAAGUUGGAUGAAGACUGGCUGAGAGGUGAAUAUAAAGAUUCAGAGAAUAAAUAGGCAUCAAAUUCAGGGAACCAGGGCCAGUGUAGUUGGAAGAGAAGAAACACGGAGCAGCUGGAAGGGGAGAAGGGAGUCUGAGGACGUGAGCGCUGACUGCAGGCUGUGCCUGCUUCCCUUCUGUAGACUGAGGGGAGUUUGUGCUGGGUCUCCCCUGCUUUUAAGCUCCUCUCAAACUGCCCAGCACAGCCAGGGUUGGGGGGGAAAUUGAGAGAGUUCUUCCAAACAGUGGGCAGUGAGACACUUCCAGGCUUCUCGGGAAUUUGGAUUAAAGUCCCCAACAGAAAGCCCCCACUGUUCUUAAACUGAAGAACUUCCUUCGAGGGCUUUUCCAUGCCGAAGCAUGUGUGACUCUGCACUUCUGUGAGCUAACGGAACUUCCUCUUAGUAAGGAGAGGGGAAAUGGACCAACAUUGACUGAAGAGGAAACUCUAUUGAACUGUGUUUUCCCAACUUUGUAAAUAGCUGUAGUCAAAGAAUCUGCCCUGUCUUCCCCCCAAAUCUCUAUCACUCCCCACCCACCCCAGUGUACACACUAUCACAGAAUACACACAAUCUCUGGGAACGGUGGGUCACACAACAGAGCUCACACCGAUCUGCCGGUGGAAGUUCUCUGAGUCCUGAAGAGCAGAGAAAGGGGCGCUGUGGGCUGGGCCCACCUGGGGCAGCAUCCUGGUAACCAUGUGAGGCAGCUUCAAGCCGUCAGGGCUGAUUUUAUCAAGCCCCAUCUUAGAGGACACUGAGCAGUGGGAGGCAUGACUCAUCUAUUUCCUGUCACGCUCCUGAGUUUGGGGUUCUUUUAAAGCAAAUCCACAAUUUAAAUGUUUUAUUAAUGACCCCUUCCUCACUGAAAGCUUGAUCUUAACUUCACCUAGGUUCCAUAAACAUUCAAAACCAGGUGGUGGGGUCGGGGGGCAAUAAAUCCUCUGACAAGGAAGCAUUGGGUCAGCUGAAAUUAAGUGUUUUAAAAAGAUAACGUUGGAAUGAGUCAGAAGGGACAAGGAGAAUGCAGAAAACUGGUUGAAGGCAUUUCUUGUAGUCAUUUCAUUUCUUCAAGAAAUACAUUAUUAAGCACCUACUAUGUGCCAGACAUGGUGUACAGUUCUAGGUCCAGAGUGGUAAACAAAAGGAGCACAGAUUCAUGGAGGGAACCAUCUGGUUAUGAAGAUAAACAUCAAGCUAAUAAACAGAGUAAAAAAUAUAUUACGAUGGUCAGUGAUAAGUGCCACGAGAGAAACUAACACUCCAUACAGGGACGGAGGCGGGAGGCAAUGUGAAAGAGAAAACCAUAGAUGCAAAGUGGCACACCUGUGCUAAAGUCCGGGCUACCAAACCUGGGUGUAAUACCUGACCUAAUUGCUGCUUCAACUUCUCCCAAAACACAGUCAGUCUGGAAUUUUCUGGUCAGGUACCAGUAAGGUAAUCUGUCACAUGGGCUCUCACCAUCCCUACCCCCCAGAGAAAGAGGCAAUCCACCUGAUAAAAACCCUUCCCCCCAAGAGACGUCCUGGUCUAAAGUACAAUCCUUUCUUUUCUUUUGUUAAUAGCUCCCUUGCCCUAUGCUUCUUCUAUAAAAACCUUCCAUUUUAUAGACCUCCUCAG